GUACUCUUACAUUUUCUGCUUUACUUUUUGUAUUAGGACCACAUACAGUAUACAGCAUAUAUAGAGGCUUUGUAUACAGUAAAGAAGGAGUGGAAUACAACAGAGAAAUUUCAUGCGUCUUGUUCUUCAUCUUCUUCCCAGUUCUUCUUCAACCUGUUCUCCUUGAUCUCGGUAUUGCUCUCUGUUAUCAACAUGGUAUCAGAGCAGAGAAUCCAGUUUCUCUUUCUCUGAUUUUCUCUUCUUGUUUCGCCUCUUUCUUUUCUUUCUUUUCUUUCUACCACUUUUCUUUGCUCAUGGCUUCUUUUAGUGAUGACCCGACGACCCUUUCUCCAGGAUCUUCUACUCCCAUUUCUUCUGCUCCCUUGACCCAGUCUCCCACAGAUCCAUAUGCUAAUCCCCUCUACCUUCAUACGGCUGAUAGCUCUAGUCUCAUUUUGGUCUCGGAAAAACUGGUUGGCGACUCCAACUACAACAUCUGGUCACGAUCUGUUGAGAAAGCUCUCCUAGCAAAGAACAAGCUGGGCUUUGUUCGGGGUACUAUCCCCAAACCAUCCCCUAACCAUCCUGAUGCAGGUUCGUGGGAUCGUUGCAACGCACUCAUCUCUACCUGGAUUACUAAUGUUGUGUCUACUGAGAUUGCAAGUCUUAUUGUUUAUAUGGGUGAUGCUGCUACGGUUUGGACAAUACUUGAGACUCGUUUCAAACAGAAGAAUGCUGCGAAGAUCUACAAUAUUCAACACCGUCUGGACUCUCUUCACCAAGGUUCCAUGGAUCUCAACAGCUAUUUUACCAAAAUGACCUCUCUGUGGAAAGAACUCAAGAACCAUGAACCUUUUCCGGUGUGCACCUGUGGUAAGUGCUCUUGUUCUCUUGAACGUCGCUGGCUAGAUCUGAUUGAGCGCCGCAAUGUGGUGAACUUUCUCAUGCGUCUUAAUGAGUCUUAUAAUUAUGCUCGGCGUCAAAUCCUGAUGAUCGAUCCUCUGCCCGACAUUUCUCGCGCGUUUAACCUAGUUUCCCAGGAAGAACAGCAGCGUCUCACUCUUCCUGGAAACUCCGAUGUUGUUGUGUUUCAAACUGGGCCUCAUUUUUCUUCUGAUAAGUCUCGGCCCAUUCUGCCUACUCCACCGUCGGCCCAUUAUCAGCCCGAGUCUCGCCCCAUAAUUUUUUGCUCUCACUGUGGCUUAUCUGGACAUUUAGUGAGCAAGUGCUUCAAGCUUCAUGGCUAUCCGGCCAACUAUCGCGGUCCUUCAUCGACACCGCGACAAGCUUAUCAGUCCAAGAACCGCAACUAUGGGCAUGACAGGAAACAGAAUCAUGUGAACUUCAUCAACAACAGCACCGACAAUCCAGUUCACGCUUCUCUGUCUGCCACUUCUGGAAAGGCGUCCUUGGCACGCACAGUCCUUGCUAGCCCAGUUAACGUCUCAGUUUCAGGGUUUGAGCAGCUUUCUAGUUGAUUCUGAACAAGCAGUAUCCCCAUCAUCCUCCCAACCGUUAUCCUCAGACACUGGUGCGACUAGCCACGUUUGCUGGGACUCGACAUUAUUUUCUGACAUACAUUCAAUCCCUCCGAUUCAUAUCACCUUACCAAAUGAAAGCCUUGUUUCCGUGUCUCAAUCUGGUACUGUUAAAAUUUCCCCUGUUCUGGUCCUCUCAUCGGUUCUUUUCGUUCCUUCCUUAUGUUUUAAUCUCAUAAGCAUCAGUGCCCUCACCAAAGAUAAUUCGUUCACUGUAACUUUCUCUCAUGAUUCUUACUUUAUUCAGGACCAUAUUCGGGGUUCGAUGAUUGGCAAGGGUGAUGUACAACAAAACUUAUAUGUUCUUGAAAUGCAGAUCCCACCAGCUCGAGCUCAGUCCCAAUCUUUUCCAGUUUACACAGCCAACACCAUUUUCAGUCCUGAUGUUUGGCAUCUUCGUUUUGGUCACCCGUCCUCUUUUACAAUCAAGCAAACGACAAAUUCCCCUGAACCAGUUUUCUGUCAAGCCAAGAAUGACAGUCUCUUGCCAGAUCUGUCCACUGGCGAAGCAGCGCAAUCUCCCAUUUCCUUCUUCUCCGCAUUUUUCCUUAUCUACUUUUGAUCUGGUUCACUUAGAUAUAUGGGGCCCUUUUCAUAUUCCUACUAUCAAUGGACACAAGUACUUUUUUACUCUUGUUGAUGAUUGCUCAAGAGCAACUUGGGUUUACUUACUUGAAUCUAAGGGUGAUGUUUCAUUUCGUUUUUUUGAAUUCUUAUCUAUGAUACAAACCCAAUUUCAAAAGACCAUCAAAACGAUAAGAUCCGACAAUGCUCCAGAAUUGUCGUUCCAAAACUUGUUGUCCAGCAAAGGAAUUCUACAUCAUUUCUCAUGCCCUUACACUCCACAACAAAACUCGGUUGUGGAGCGUAAGCAUCAGCAUAUACUCAAUGUUGCGAGAUCUCUUCUUUUUCAAUCUAAUAUACCACUUUGUUACUGGGGUGAUUGCGUUGCUACUGCCGUUUACUUGAUUAACCGAACUCCUACCCCCUUACUUCACUUCAAGUCUUCGUAUGAAGUCCUCUUUUCAACCAAGUCAUCCUAUAAACACCUACGUGUCUUCGGAUGUCUCUGUUUUGCGUCAACCGUCUUUACGCCACAAAUUUUCUGCCAGAUCGAAACCAUCUGUUUUUCUUGGUUACCCCAUCGGUGUUAAGGGAUAUCGUGUCUUAGACUUGGAAACUCAAUGCAUUUCGGUUUCUCGAAAUGUUACAUUCCAUGAAGACAUUUUUCCUUUCAAAAACAAACCUCUUUCUCCCACCACCAUUUUCUUAAACCCAGUCCUUCCCCUUUCUAUUUUUACGAUUCCCCUGAGUUUCCAACUACUUUCCCUAAGUUUGGUCCUGAGUCAUCUUCCCCUGUUCCUACAGUUCUUUCGUCUCCCACUCCUCCUCUCAUAUUCACUCCACCAACCACUGAAUGUAUGUCAGAUAAUAUUGAAAGGUCACACAGACAAACUAGAUCACCAGCUUACCUCACUGAUUAUCAUUGCUACUACCUUAAUCAUAACAUCCCUCCUCCGGAUAAUUCCAACACCUCUCACCCUUUACAGAAAUACAUCUCCUAUAAUAACCUUCAUCCCCAUUUUAGACAUUACACACUCUCUAUCUCAACCGAACCAGAACCAUCUUCUUACACCCAAGCUGCUAAGUUCGAUCAUUGGAGAAAAGCAAUGACUCAGGAAAUUGAUGCGUUAAUUCGGACUCAGACUUGGUCUGUCUGUUCUCUCCCGCCUGGAAAGAAUACAAUUGGCUGUAAGUGGGUCUUCAAGGUGAAGUACAAUCCUGAUGGUUCAGUGGAGCGUUAUAAAGCACGCCGUAGCAAAGGGUUAUACACAACUCGAAUGCAUUGAUUAUUCUGAUACGUUUAGCCCCGUUGCUAAACUAACAUCUGUUCUUUAUUGAUAGCUCUUGCAGCAGCUCAUAAUUGGCUUCUGAAUCAUUUUGAUGUGUCCAAUGCUUUCCUCAAUGGUGAUCUCCAUGAGGAGAUAUAUAUGACACUACCACCAGGAUAUGCACAACUUCAGGGGGAGACAGUGCCUUUGAAUUCAGUUUGCAGAUUGAAAAAAUCACUCUAUGGGCUCAAACAAGUUUCAAGGCAAUGGAAUCACAAGCUCACUGUUGUUCUGUUGGCUGCCAAUUUUACUCAGUCCCAUUCUGACAUCUCUAUGUUUAUCAAGCAUCGAGAUUCUUCCAUUGUGAUAGUAUUGGUAUAUGUUGAUGAUCUCCUUAUCACUGGUAAUGAUUCUGUUCUUAUUGAUGAACUCAAGGCUACACUCCAGGCUGAGUUUCAGAUUAAUGAUCUGGGCAAUUUGAAAUUUUUUCUCGGUCUCGAAGUUGCCAGACAUAAGCGAGGAAUUCAACUAUGCCAAGUUGCCAACGUAAAUAUGCCUUGGAACUAUUGGAAGAGUUCGACAUGUUGGGAUGCAAACCUCUCUCUUCCCCAAUGAAAACUCGUAUAAAGCUCAGUCAGGGCUCUGGAACUCUGCUAACAGAUCCCACUCGGUAUCGACAAUUGAUUGGUAAGCUCAUCUAUUUGUCUGUGACACGUCCAGACAUCAGUUUUUCAGUCACCAAACUUAGCCAAUAUAUGUCGAGCCCACGAGAUUCUCAUUACCAAGCUGCGUUACGAGUUUUGCGCUACAUCAAAUCGGCUCCUGGCCAAGGUAUCUUCUAUCCUGCCCAAAAUACAUUACAACUCCUUGGUUUCUCUGAUGGAGACUGAGCAUCAUGCCCAGAUUCGAGGAAAUCGGUGACGGGUUACUGUAUUUUUCUCGGAAAUUCUUUAAUCUCCUGGAAAUCCAAGAAGCAGCCGACUAUUUCUCGCAGCAGCGCAGAAUCUGAGUACCGAGCGAUGGCUCACACUACUUCUGAACUGGUCUGGAUUUCAGCACUUCUUCGUGAACUCAGGAUUCCGGUUUCAGAACCUGUGCAAUUGUAUUGUGAUAGCAAAUCAGCUGUCCACAUUGCCACCAACUCUGUCUAUCACGAGCGAACAAAACAUAUUGAAAUCGACUGCCAUUUUGUUCGAGACAAGGUUAAAUCCGGCUUCCUUUCGCUUGUCCAUGUCUCUUUUGACAACCAGGUUACGGAUCUACUUACUAAGCCACUUUACAUUGAUCAAUUUCAUUGCCUUUUAGUCAAGAUGGGAAUAUACAAAUCUGUAUUCUCCAUCUUGAGGGGGAGUAUUACUCUACAUCCUUCGAAAUGAAGCUGUACUACACUGACAAAGACAGUACAGAGGAACUUGAGCUGCUCAGUAACGGUUCUACAUGUACAUACCAAUUUGUGUGUGCUCUGUACUCUUACAUUUUCUG